AGCGGAAGCAUGAGGCGGGUAUUCCUCGGAGCCUACAUCUGAGGAACUGUCCAAGGACCGGAAAGGGAAUGGUAUUAAUUAUCUCUGUGCUAAUAAGGACCAGGGAGUGGUUCACUCCAGCCCCCUCCUUUAGAAAUCUGAUUCCAACCAGGCCCAAGCAGAAAAAGUCUUCCACCUUCCACCCUCCUCGGCCACUCUGGACUACAGCCCCCAGAAGGCAUCGGAGCUCAGCCAUCCGACUUGCGCAGGGGCGUUCGUUGUAAAGUGCUAUGACAACAGGGCGAAGAUGGCUUGGAGUUAGGCGGGAGUGGGGAGUUGUCCCUUCCGCCGUUGCUGUCCUCUAUCUGCUACAUCCCACUGACUGCCUCCCUCACCAUUUCCUCCUCUUUGUGAGAAGCAGGACUUGCCGUUGUUCUGGCCUGCCUGGUCUCUUCCAAGGGAUUGAUGCCGUUUCCCCUGCGUGUCUGCGGGGUUGACACAGAAGGGAUGCAGGUUUACUCCUUGUGGGUGUCGCUCCAACUCUGUGGAGCUGGUGGUGCUCCCUGGUGAAGCUCUUUCUAUCUGGGACGUGGAACAAGUUGGAGCAGGGGAACGACAGGGAGUAGUGAAGCGAGGGGUUGCUUUGCUCUGCACCCUCCAUUCUUGCUCUCGUCGUUGCAGCCCUGGGACCCUGGCAGGCGUCCUUAAAGGGAAAUCUGCGGAGAGUUCGAGGAAAGGUGGGGCAGGACCCACCUGAUUCGGCAUCAGAUGAGGAAGCUGACUUUUAGUAACCCUCCACUGAUUUCAUGCAAUCCAUUGUGACAAGAGAUGCUGUGGUCUUUCCAAAGACCAAAAUGAAGGAAAAUCAGUGAACGAAAAUGUCUUUAUUUAAAGCCCGUGAUUGGUGGUCUACUGUUUUGGGAGAAAAAGAAGAAUUUGAUCAAGGCUGUUUGUGUUUGGCUGACAUUGACAAUACUGGAAAUGGACAAGAUAAAAUAAUUGUGGGUAGCUUUAUGGGAUACCUAAGAAUCUUUAACCCCCAUCCUGUAAAAACAGGAGAUGGAACUCAAGCUGAAGAUUUGCUUCUAGAAGUGCAUCUACGAGAUCCAAUAUUGCAAGUGGAAGUAGGGAAGUUUGUUUCAGGUACUGAAAUGCUUCAUUUGGCUGUGUUGCAUUCUAGAAAACUUUGUGUCUAUUCUAUCUCAGGAACCUUGGGUAAUGUGGAACAUGGAAACCAAUAUCAGAUCAAAUUGAUGUAUGAACAUAAUCUUCAGAGAACAGCCUGCAAUAUGACUUAUGGAUCAUUUGGUGGUGUAAAAGGUCGAGAUUUAAUUUGUAUCCAGUCUAUGGAUGGGAUGCUGAUGGUGUUUGAGCAGGAAAGCUAUGCUUUUGGGAGAUUUCUCCCUGGUUCUCUUUUACCUGGCCCUCUUGCUUACAGUUCCCGUACAGAUUCCUUCAUUACUGUCUCUUCCUGCCGACAAGUGGAAAGUUACAAGUACCAAGUACUUGCUUUUGCAACGGAUGCAGAUAAAAGACAGGAGACUGAACAACAAAAACUUGGUUCUGGGAAAAGACUUGUUGUGGAUUGGACUCUAAAUAUUGGAGAGCAAGCACUUGAUAUAUGUAUUGUCUCUUUUAAUCAGUCAGCAUCUUCUGUUUUUGUUCUUGGUGAAAGAAACUUUUUUUGCCUUAAGGAUAAUGGACAGAUUCGAUUCAUGAAGAAACUUGAUUGUAGCCCAAGUUGUUUUCUCCCGUAUUGCUCAGUUUCUGAAGGAACAACAAAUACUUUGAUUGGAAACCAUAAUAACAUGUUGCAUAUUUAUCAGGAUGUGACACUGAAGUGGGCUACUCAGCUUCCCCAUAUUCCUGUAGCAGUAAGAGUGGGCUGUUUACAUGAUUUAAAAGGAGUGAUAGUCACUCUGAGUGAUGAUGGUCACUUGCAGUGUUCAUACCUGGGGACAGACCCUUCUUUGUUCCAAGCUCCAAAGGUUGAGUCUAGAGAACUACACUAUGAUGAACUUGAUACAGAAUUGAAAGAACUUCAGAAAAUCAUCAAAGAUGUUAAUAAAUCACAAGGUAUUUGGCCCAUGACAGAGAGAGAAGAUGAUUUGAAAGUUUCUGCCAUGGUUUCUCCUAACUUCGAUUCAGUGUCUCAAGCUACUGAUGUUGAAGUGGGAACUGACCUUGUCCCUUCAGUCACAGUUAAGGUCACAUUGCAGAAUCGACUGGCGCUGCAAAAAGCCAAAUUAUCAGUCUAUGUGCAACCACCUUUAGUAUUGACCUGUGAUCAGUUCACCUUUGAAUUUAUGGCACCAGAGAUGAGUAGAACAGUAUCCUUUUCUGUUUAUCUGAAAGGGAGUUAUACACCACCUCAAUUGGAAGGAAAUGCUGUUGUUUCUUAUUCCAGACCAUCAGAUCGAAAUCCUGAUGGCAUUCCUCGGGUUAUCCAAUGUAAAUUUAGACUUCCCCUGAAAUUAAUCUGUCUACCAGGUCAGCCUUCAAAAACUGCAAGCCACAAACUGACUAUUGAUACCAACAAAUCUCCAGUUAGUCUUCUCAGUCUCUUUCCAGGCUUUGCCAAUCAGUCAGAAGAUGAUCAGGUGAAUGUAAUGGGUUUUCACUUCUUAGGAGGUUCCCGAGUUACUCUUCUUGCUUCUAAAACCUCUCAACGGUAUCGCAUUCAGAGUGAACAGUUCGAAGAUCUUUGGCUCAUAACAAAUGAACUUAUUAUUCGCCUUCAAGAAUAUUUUGAAAAACAGGGAAUCAAAGAUUUUGCCUGUUCUUUUUCUGGAUCUAUGCCCCUUCAAGAAUAUUUUGAGUUGAUUGAUCAUCAUUUUGAGUUGCGGAUAAAUGGUGAAAAAUUAGAAGAACUCUUAUCUGAAAGAGCCGUACAAUUUCGGGCCAUUCAACGCCGACUAUUGACAAGAUUCAAAGAUAAAACACCUGCCCCCCUCCAACACCUGGACACCUUGCUAGAUGGAACUUACAAGCAGGUAAUCGCUCUAGCAGAUGCAGUAGAGGAAAACCAAGACAAUCUGUUCCAGUCAUUCGCCAAGCUGCGAAGUGCCACCCAGCUGGUGAUUCUGCUGAUUGGGCUGUGGCAGAAGCUUAGUCCUGACCAGGUUGCUAUUCUGGAAGCAGCAUUUCUGCCACUGCAGCAAGACACUCAAGAAUUGGUAAGGACCCACAAGCCUGCAGUGGUAACAGCCAUCAUUAUUGACAAGAGUGUGGUUUUGGGAAGAUCUCACAUGGCUAUCAUGUUUUCUAAGGGCUGGGAAGAAACAGUGGAUGCUGCCAUUUCCCACCUCUUGAAGACUUGCCUAUCAAAGAGUUCGAAGGAGCAGGCUUUGAACCUCAGCAGCCAGCUGAACAUGCCCAAAGACACAAGCCGACUGAAGAAACAUAUCACCUUGCUCUGUGAUAGAUUAGCCAAAGGUGGACGUCUCUGCUUGAGUACAGAUGCAGCGGCUCCGCAGACCAUGGUCUUGCCGGGUGGCUGUACUACCAUCCCAGAAUCAGACUUAGAGGAAAGAUCAAUAGAACAAGACUCCGCUGAACUGUUUACCAACCACAAACACCUCAUUGUAGAGACACCCAUGCCUGAAGUUUCACCCCUCCAAGGAGUCUCGGAAUAGUUCAAGUAGAGUUGUCUGGAUGAGGGGAAGAUGGCCUUCCCAAGGCUGAUCCUGUGUGGACCUCAUGCCAAGCACAGAUGUAGGGCUGGUCCAGGUGCUUCAUCCAUCUCACCUGCUUGGAGAUGAUACUAUAUAGACAUGGGGAUUGGGAUUUUUUUAUUUUGCUAGGAGGACUUGUAAUACCAUGGGCAGGUCAGUUGAAACUUGUCUUACUGGGAAAAGCUAUUGCCGCUUUUGGUCAUCUGUAUGCUUAUAGCCAUCGGAUAUAGUGAGAGGACAUCUUUUGGGGACAGACUUUAUAACGCAGAGACCUAGGUCCAAAGUAAUUUGAUACCCCAUUUUUUUCACAGAAUUCUUAUAUAGUAAGUGUAUCAAAUUUAAUAAAGCAUCUCGUUGUCCAA